UGACCAGCGGCGGCAAAAAGAACUCCUGGGAAACCAUAGCAACCUGGGACCAUGCGUGUGUGAGGGAGACGGGGGUUUGCGGCGAAGACAUGACCCAGUCCGUCCUUGUCCAAGUGGGCCAAUGUGGCAAUCAAGUUGGCUGCAGAUUCUGGGACUUGGUUUUACGAGAGCAUGCAAAUGUGAAUAAGAGAGGCAUCUAUGAUGAAGCACUUGGUAACUUCUUUAGAAAUGUGGAUACAAGAUCUACUAAUGGAGAUGAUACAAAUCUUCAUAAAGGAAAAAUUCGAUCUCUUAAAGCUCGGGCAGUACUCAUUGACAUGGAAGAAGGUGUCGUUAAUGAAUUACUUCAGGGUCCAUUGAGGGACGUUUUUGACAGUAAACAACUUAUAACUGACGUAUCUGGUUCCGGUAAUAAUUGGGCUGUUGGAAAUAGACAAUAUGGUUGCCAGUACCGUGAUCGUAUUCUAGACGUAAUCCGAAAAACAGCUGAACACUGUGAUUGUUUACAGUGCUUUUUUUUAAUUCACUCAAUGGGUGGAGGGACUGGUUCUGGUUUGGGUACCUUUUUGCUGAGCCUUCUAGAGGAUGAGUUUCCAGAAGUCUACAGAUUUGUUACGUCUGUCUACCCUUCUGCUGAUGAUGAUGUGAUCACUUCACCUUACAACAGUGUUCUUGCCAUGAAAGAACUGACUGAGCAUGCAGAUUGUGUUUUACCCAUUGAAAACCAGUCCUUGAUUGACAUAGUGAACAAAAUCAAUCAGAUGGCCAAUUCUGGUAAAUCAGCAUCUGCAAUAAAACUGCAAAGUACAUUGAUUUCUGGUCAGUCUAAAGUCAAACGACAGGAAAAACCAUUUGACGCUAUGAAUAAUAUUGUAGCUAACUUGCUGCUGAAUUUGACCAGCUCUGCUAGGUUUGAAGGAUCUCUCAACAUGGAUCUUAAUGAAAUCACCAUGAACCUGGUUCCAUAUCCACGGCUUCAUUAUCUUGUUUCUAGUCUAACUCCUUUAUAUACCUUGGCGGAUGUAAACAUUCCGACAAGAAGGUUGGAUCAGAUGUUCACCGAUGCUUUUAGUAAGGAUCACCAAUUGAUGUAUGCUGACCCAAAACGUAACCUGUACCUUGCCUGUGCAUUGAUGGUCCGAGGAAAUGUUCAGAUUUCUGAUCUUCGAAGAAACAUUGAGAGGUUGAAACCUUCUCUCCAGUUUAUCCAGUGGAAUCAGGAAGGUUGGAAAACAAGUCUCUGUUCAGUACCUCCAGUUGGUCAUACUCACUCCUUAUUGGCACUAGCUAAUAAUACUUGUGUUAAGUCUACCUUCAGUGAUCUAAAGGAUCGAUUUGUGAAACUUUACAAGAAAAAGGCUCACAUUCAUCAUUACCUCCAGGUGGAUGGAAUGGAACAAAGUUGUUUCACAGAAGCCAAAAAUUCUUUGUCAUCCCUAAUCGAGGAGUACAAUCAGUUGGAUGCUACUAAAGGACUACCAGUCACCAAUAUGCCCCGUCUUUCCAUUGCAAUGUAAAAUAUUAUAUGGUGAAAGGAAGGGUGUUAAACCCAUAUUACAAUUCCAACCUCAGUAAUAAUUAUUUUCCAAAAAUUGGAAUAAUCAACUGCAUAGUUAUAAGCAUUAUAUACAAAGUUGUUGCUCAAAUCUAAAAAGGGAUUUACACCUGACACUGGCCAAAUUGUACAUAAAAUGCGUCCUGGUGUAAGAUUUUGAAUGUGAAUUCUCCUGAUCUAUUAGUGUUUAUCUGAAUCCACUUACAUUGGUGAGUUAGUUGGCCGACAAACCUAAGUACUGUAGAUAGACCAACAAAGUUGCUGGAAAGCUUGAAAUGCUGUUCUCAUCAAGAAGAUGGUUCAAGCAUUGUAUUCAUCAGUAAAUUAAGAUUGGGGGGAAAAAGUCAGUGUUCUUAUUCCUGGCAGUUUGGCAAAGAUUUAGUUGGGCCAUUGGAAGUUUCACCCACCUAUUGGCGCACCAGUAGUGAAUCCCCAUCAGUUACGUGAACUAGGCCUGAUGCACUUAAUUGGCCACGUUCAGGCCUUCAAAGUGGUUGAGUUUCCAAGUAGCAGUAAUUCUGCCUGUCAAGAAUUGCUGGCCAAAUGAAAAGCACUGCAUCCAUCCUGUGCCCAUUGUCAUCUUCAGACCCCAGGCCACUGAAGGGCUGGUGGGAGGCAAGGAUAGGAGUGGCUUUCAAUGGCCACACACUGUUUACUAACAUGUUCAUUGAUCAGGCAAAGAGUGACUGCCUGCCUCUAGCAAACCAGAGAGGUUCUCCUGAAUAGCCUUCCAAGGGUAUGAAAUACUGUGCAACUUUCAUUUAAUCCCUGGAUCAUAAAUGAGAUUAAGUGACAUCUCUUCUCAGGCGGGCAGCAAUGCUGUGUCAGUCCCUUCUAUCCUGCAAAUUAAUCAGGGAGUUUUCCAUCUGCUGGGAAGCUGACAUUGAUUUUAUUGUCACAUGUACUGAAAUACAGUGAAAAGUGUUAUUUUGCGUGCCAUACAGGAAGAUCUUACCAUACGAAGUGCAUCAGGGCAGCAGAAAAAAAUUCCAAAUUAAAGUGUUACAGCUGCAGAGAAGGUGCAGAGAGAAAGAUUGGAAUUAACAUUUGAGCGGUCUGUUCAAAAGCCUGAUAACAUUGGAGACCUGGUCAUACGUUUUCAAACUUUUAUAUCUUCUGCCCAAUGGAAGGUUGAAGAGGGUUAUUACUGAGAUGGGAGGGGUCUUUGAUUAUGUUGGUUGCUUUCCUGAUGCAGCCAGAAGUAUAGAUGGAGUCCAUGGGUGGAAGGCUGGUUUGCAUGAUGGACUGGGCAAUUUGGUAGGCUCAUGUUGAUCUGAGCUAGGACUAACUUCUCAAAGCAUUUCUUAAUUAUUGAGGUCAGAGCCACUGGGCGGUAGUCAUUGAGACAUUAUGUACACUUACAAUUACACAAUGUAAGUACAUUUUUCUUUGGCACCAGGAUGAUGAUGGUCUUCUUGAACAGGUGGGGACUUCAAAUCAUUGUAAGGAUCUCUAGUAAGAUCAUAGUUAAAGAUUUCUAUGAAUGUUCCCACCAGCUGAUCCACAAGGGAUCUGAAUGUAUGACUGGGAGUUCCAUUCGGGCCAGUCACUUUCAGUGGGUUCAUGCUCAAGAAGGCCGAUCUAACAUUGGUGACAGUGACUGUGCGUAUUGCUGCAGCCAUAAUUAAAUGGCCCGAAUCAGCAUGGCAGUACUGCAAUGAGUUACAUAAAAUCCAAUUCUGUGAUCCGGGGGGGAGUUAAUAACCUUUUUGAUAGAACAUUUUGAAGUAAAUACUACCAUAGAGUUAUGGUUCACAGAUAUUUGUUCCAUUAUCAAAAGGUUAAGAUACUGACAUGUUAGUGAACUGUAAAGCAUUAAAAUGACACUUCAAAAUUUGUUGAAUUGAUUGA